GCCCUAAAAUGAAAAGGGAAAGGAAAAUGAAGAAGGUAGCACUCUCGCUACUAGUCCUUAAACCCUAACCCCCUGCCUCAAACUCCUCCUCGCGUUUUGGCUGUAGAGAGAUAUGGGGAGAUCAAGAAGGAAGUACAAGAAAUCGAGAACAAAGGUCCGAGUAGGGUUACCAAAGAAGCACCCUGGCGUGUUCAAACCUGCUUUCUCUCUCCCCCCAAAGUUCCGUUCCCUGGUCGACUCAUCCGAUCUCAAGUGGGACGACAAAGGCACUGUCAUUCACAACUACAAGUCCUUCGGCGUCGUUUCUAACCCUAACUUGCUCGGCGUCCGUUCUCGCACCUCCCACAUCAUCGAGACCGACUCUCUUCAAGUCCCUCCUCUGCGCGAAGCCAUUGUCUCCGAGUUCGACCCCAUCGACUCCGGCAGCGACCUCGAAGAAGAUGAUCUAAAAUCAGCGCUUGGGAAGAAGCGAAAAGAUGGGAAAACUGCUCCUGCACAGCCACUGACAACUAUACAACGUGUUCACAUUGGGCGACUUGUUGAGAGAUAUGGAGAUGACUAUCAGAGGAUGUUCACGGAUACAAAACUUAACAAGAUGCAGCAUUCAGUUGCAACUUUGGAGAAACUCUGCAAAAGAUACCACAUUUUUAAGGAUAAAAAUCCCUUGAUUGUGGGCAACUGAGCAUGAUUAAGUUUCACCAAGGAAUAUUUAUUGAGACUUUGCAGGUGCAAUCUAAUAUUUUUGGCUUUAAUAUUAUUGUAUGGUGACUAUGAUUUUAGGGCAAUGGAUGUUUAUUGGGACUUGUAUAAUGUAUAAUUUGCUCUAAGGCCUGAUUCUCCAGGAAACUGUUGUAAUCAACUUCAGAUCUAACUGGACUGGGAUGGGUUUUAUUUGGAUUA